AUGGGACGAGGAUGGGACUCUUCUGGCGGCGGAGGCGACAGCUAUGGAGGAGGUCAUGGAGGAGGAGGAGGAGGAGGAGGGGGUUGGGAUUCAAGCAGUGGAGGUGGCGGUGGCGGCGGCUGGGAUCUUGGAGGAGGCGGCGGCGGUGGCGGAGGAGGUGGAUGGGACGCAAGUGGAAGUGGUGGGGACAGUUAUGGGGGAGGCCAUGGAGGAGGCGGCGGGGGAGGCUGGGACUCAAGUGGAGGAGGCGGCGGUGGAUAUGGAGGUGGUGAUGGAGGUGGUCACGGAGGCGGUGGCGGUGGCGGAGGAUGGGACUCAAGCGGAGGCGGCGGAGGAUAUGGAGGCGGCGGUGGCGGCGGCGGUGGAUGGAGUGCCAGUGGUGGAGGAAGUGAUGGCUGGAGUGGCGGAGGAGGUGGUGGUGGCGGUGGAUAUGGAGGCGGCGGCGGUGGAUAUGGAGGUGGCGGCGGGGGAGGAGGUGACCAUGGCCAUCAACACUGUAAAAUAAAGAAGAAACUUGUGUGGAAGGACGAGUGGGUAAAAAUCUGGAAAACAGAAGAAAAGAAAAUCUGGAAGACAGAACAGAAAAAAGAUAAAGUCCCGGUAUGGAAGGAAACACAAGUACCAAUCUGGAAAGAGGUUCAAGUGCCAGACUGGAAAACUAUUAAAGUUCCAGAAGUGUUAAAGAAGGAAGUCCCCGCUUGGAAAGUAGAGAAAAAACCUGACUGGAAAAAAGUACAAAAACCCAUUUGGGUGGAGAAGAAGGUACCUGCCUGGAAAGAAGUCGAAGUUCCAGCUUGGAAACAAGUCUGGAUCCCCGUCGUUAUAAAGAAAUGUAUCCCAGAUGAACACGGUUGGGACAGAUCAGGGGGAUGCAAAUGGGUCAAGAAAAUGAUUUGGAAAUCAGAAUGGAAGAAGAUUUGGAAAACUGAGAAAAAGGAGAUUUGGGUUACGAAAAAAGAGCUAAAGUGGAAAGAAGAGUGGGUAAAGAUUUGGAAGGAGGAGAAGAAACAGAUCUGGGUUACAGAGAAGAAAAUGAUUUGGAAGGAGAAAAAGAUCCAGGUUUGGAAAACUGAGAAAAAGCAAGAGUGGGCCACAAAGAAAGAACAAGUAUGGAAGGAGGUUUGGAAGACAGUUCAAGUUCCUGCUAUAAAACAUAUUCAAGUGCCGGCGUGGAAGAAAGUCAGUAAGCCAGUGUGGCACGAAGCAUGCGUUCCAGAGGAGCAUCCCGGUGGACCUUACCCUUGAAACAACUCUUCCUAUGAGUUCGGACAUACUUAAGCCAAAUUAUGUUGUACUAACUUACCUUAAGUUCUCAUACCACCUGUUUCUUCAGUGAUACGAAACUUAACCAGAAGAGGAUGUUCCCCUCACCUCAGUCUCUCAUCCUCGUAGAUUAGCUUCAUGUUGUUAAUUAUUGUUAAUACUUCCUGUUCUGUAAAUAUUGUUCAUUUGUGUACAAACUGUUGUUAUAUACAUUUAUAUUUUUGU